GAUCAACCUGCGUCUGGGUUCCCUAAGGAUGCUGCUUAGGGUUUGAGCUACCUCAACAUCUCACAGAGAAGCCUUUUCCUCAGUCAUGGCAGCCCUUGCUCUGGUGUGGAGCUGCAACUCCAGGAUCUCAGUGAAUUGGAUGAUGCACACCCACAUUGAUGAAGGAUUACAUCAUGAGCUGCUGCAGCUGCUGACCUACAGCACCCCCUGAAAGGAAUUCAGAGUUGAUCAGAAAUAAAGCACUCUAUGCUCUGGUCUUCAGAUACUUAGAUAUUUUCAGGGAAAGUCCUGUACACCUAAGAGGUGUGGAAUUGAGUUCCUGUGCACCCAGAAAAAAAAGUCUCAGAUGAAACUACAGCUCCAGUCACGUGUGUAAAUUGCAGAUGUAUGAGUAUACAUCCAAGGAUCACAGAUUGAGAAACAGCUCUACAAGCUCCCCACUCCAGCACGAUGAAAAAUUUCCUAUGGAUACUCAUCGUUAUUGCAAUAGCGAUGGUGUUCCCGAUAUUCUUUUUCAUUAAAGAAAACCCCUUUGAUACUGCAAGUUUCCUGUCUUUGGAAAAGGAGAUGGUAGCUUGGCAGAGAGCCCGGAUGCAGAUCAACCCUAGUAAAACAAACCACCUGGAAACCUUCAAAGAUAUGCAGAAAAACUCAGAACCAUUCAAAAACGUGAAUUCCUGUAUCUUGAUUGGAGCUCCUCCCAUGGAAAAAAGAAUUCAUCAAACAUUGCAGUCCUCUCAUGACAACCUUUCUGGUUUUUCAGUGGCAUUUGGGGCAGGAGGAGACAUUGAUGCAAAUAUUUUUAAUUUAUCAUCUUUAUUUCUCCUACAAUAGUUUUUCAAAGAAACACUUCAUUGUUCUAGUACACCUGGCCGAUCCUGACCCCACGUGGUGCGGUCAAAUGAUCUCCAACAUCUCAACCAUCUUUAAACCAUAUAUCCAGGCCAGCCAGCUAGUAGUGAUCAAUACUCCUCCUAAAAGCUAUCUUCCCUUGAAGAACCUUAAGAAAAAGUUUAAUGACACUCCUGACUAUGUAGCCUUCUACUCCAAGCAGAACGUGGAUUAUGCUUUCAUCAUGAACUUUGCUACCAACCACUCUGACUAUUUCCUAAUGAUUGAAGAUGAUGUGAAGUGUGUCCCUGGAUUUGUCACCCAGAUAGCUACUACAGUGUCUGCCUGGGAAAACAAACCUUGGGUGACUCUGGAAUUUUCUCAGCUGGGUUUCAUUGGAAAACUCUUUCGUACUAGAGACCUCCCCUGUUUUGUUCAUUUCCUUCUCCUCUUCUACCAAGAAAUGCCCUGUGACUGCCUCCUCUCCCAUUUUCAUGACCUUCUUAUGCAACAAGCACCAGUCCAGUUCUUCCCUUCCCUCUUCCGGCACAUGGGUAAUUACUCCUCCUUUGAAAGCAAAUUCAGUAAUCUCAAAGAUAAAGAGUUUGAAGAUGACAUUGGCUCUCCCAACAACCCUGCUGCCUCUGUCUACACUAGCCUGAAUGUUACCAAUGACUCUGUUCUCAUGAAUGCUUAUAGCUUGGAUAAGAAUUUCUUUUAUAGCAAGUCAGCUGAGGCUGGCAGUCAUCUGACUGUGGUUUUGGAUGCACCUGCCAAAGUGUUCCGAGUUCAAGUGCUGACUGGCUCUGACCUAAAAGAUGAGAAUCAGCUGAAAGAGGGACAAGUAGAACUGGGCUAUGAUUCUACGAAUAGGAUCAAUGACUGCGAUGACUAUAUUCUGCUGGGACUACUGGUAAAUGGCAUCCUGAAUAAGCAGGUAUUAUCUAACGAAUCUGGGAAGAAGGUGAAAUGUGUGAGAUUGCUGGUGACAGCCACUCUGCCCUCUGGAAUAAUAGUCAGACACAUCAACCUCUGGGUUAAGUGAAGUUUAAGUAGUACGUGGAGAAGCUUUUGGGAGUUCUGGAGUUGUCAUGCUGGAGGUUAGAGUGCACAGAGGUUAAAAAAUUAAAGUCUUGAAAUUGGUCAGGGACAUCUCAUUGUUGGGUCCUUUCAAGAUUCUUAAUACAAAAGACAUAGCAUGUUGAAAAGCAGGUGAGGGUAACAUCCUCUUGGUCCCAGAGAGCCACUAGUGGAAUAAGUAGGUUUGUUAAACCCUUCACUGGUUUUCUAUCCAAAAGGAUUUACCACCCAAAAUAUGUUCCUUGGGCAAGAAUACCAGAAUUCUAGAAAUACCAUGAACAUCUAGGUAGGAUUGACUGAUGCUAAUAUCACAUCCAAGAGAUGGAUUCAUUGAAGUUGAACUUCCUGUGUGGCAGGAAGAAGUAGAUUGGUCAGGAGAGAAACAUGACUGUUUUCUCUGUAAUCUCAUUUUUCCAUUAUAAGAUAGUCAUUCAUUUGAUAAACAUUUAUUGAUUACAUUUUAUGGUUAGGCAGAAUGUGUCUUCUACAAAAUCACCCAACAUGCCAGGAUAUUUUUUUUAAAUAGCAUUAAAAUUAUUAAAAAUAAUUUGCUCUGAUUUCUGGUGGUUCAUGUCUCCAGCAUAGUCUUAUCUCUGGGACUAUAAGGUAACUUGGAUACUUCUGGUAGGAAAAACUUUGGAUAUUUUAUUAACAUUUUUUUAGCUCAGUUUGGCUAUGAGAUCUUUAUACUCAGAAAGAUCUAAGCCCUGAGCUCAACUAAUGAACAGUAUAUGGUUUUUCCUAGCUUGAGAACUAUAGUCCAUGAAGGCAUGGAAUAAGGGAAGAGGAAGAACAGUUUUAAGAGGACUACUUGGGAAGAACAGAGAUCAAAAGCCAGGCAGUGUGUCUAAAUGAAUUGUAAUCAAAAUACUUAAAAAGAUCUGGAGAAUUUGGAAACAGUAGGAUAGGAUGGAAACAAGGAAAGGGAUGUAGGGGAAGUCAAACAAGGAUGGGAAGUAAAUUCUUUAAGAGCAUCAGAUGCAGGAAAAUGGGGCAAGUGUAUCCCAUAGCCAUGAAAAUGCACUAUUCAAAUCUCCUGCUACAGGCAGCAUGAUUGACUGAUAACUCCAAUGUUUCCCUCUGGAUCCACCUCAGUGAUGGUGUGCCAGGGCCAUAUUUCCCACAGAAUGCUCCCAGCCAAUGACUGACCACAGCAGGGAUAACAUCAAAGCCCAUUCUGGCAAGGUGAAGGACUCCAAAAGGAGAUGUUAGCUCAAAGACUCCCCACCAGCCUAUCUGAAAGUUUCUUAGAAUCAUGCUGCAGUCCUAGACUCUUCCUAGCCAAUCCUUUCUCUGUCACCUUUCAUAUUUAUCAGAUCUUCACCACAAUAUGAAGACUUGCUAGUAAAAAUCUCCCUCCACUAGUAAAUCUCUUGAAUCUCUAAUCCCAUUUUCAUGUCAGCUUCUUUUCAGGUGUGAAAUAAUAAAGGGGUAUUAAGAGUAUCCUGAGAAAGUGGAUAGUAAGAAGAAGAUUUGGGACUUGCUUACUCAUGACCUUGUAGAAGUUGUGGAAAUAGGGAUUAAAGUAGGUUAAUAGAAUAUGUCAUCAUGAUGGGCAAAAUAGACAGAUAAUAAAGCUUAUUUAACAUUUACAACCAAGAAAAGGCAAAAAUGGAGGAGGAGGUUGAAGGAAGUCCCCCAAAUAAAAAGUCACAAUCCCUUGCAUAGUUCCUGGACAUUUUCAGAUCCAUAUGUAUUGAUGGAAGAGGUGACAAGGUCCCUACAAGGAAGAAUACUGCAACAUGCAUAUCCUGUAAUGAUUCCCUAGUUUUUCCCCCGAAGGGACCUACUGCUAUUUACUUGGUAAUUGCAUGGCUGGAGAAAGGAAAAUACCCAGACGUUUUCACAACUGAAAGAGCUGUGUUGAUACUGAUAUCCAGAGACUCAAAACAUAAUCACAGCCUCCGAAGUGGAAACUUAAAGGGACCAGGUUUUAAAUGGAGUCCUUGCCAAGGUCAUGCUUAUAGUGGGACCAUGUGUCCACAGACACAUCCAGUGGUCAUUAUCCCAUUCCCUAAGUAUAUAAUUAGAAUCAAUAUAUCUGGCAUUGGAGUAGCACUACGUUGGAUCCUUGGCCUAUGGGGUAAGAGCUACCAUAGUAGGGAAAGACAAGUGGAAACCUCUGAAAAUUCCCCUACCCCUUGCCAAGAUAGUAAAUAAAAAACUAUUAUAUUUCAGGUGAGGGAGGAGAGUAGAGAUUAGUGUCACCAUUAGAGACCUAAAGUAUAAAGGGGUGGUGGUCCCUAUCAUAUCUCUGUUUAAUUUUCUAGUCUCGCCCCUGCAGAACCUGGACAGAGCCUGAAAAAUAACCAUAGACUACCAUCCAUUUAGUAGUCCUGAUCACAGCUCCUGUGUCAGAUAUGCUAAAGCAGAUCAAUAUGCCCUUGGGUAUAUGCUGUGCCACCACUGAUUCAGCAAAUGCAUUUUUUUCAAUUUUGAUUAGAAAAGAAUAACAGGAACAGUUCACAUUCAUGUGAGGUGACAAUAUGUAUUCACAUUUUUGCCCCAGAAAUAUGUUAAUUCUCUUCCCCUUUGUCAUAAUCUAAUACAAAAAGAUUUGGACUUGUAGAGAACAAACAUAUAGACACCAAGUGGGGAAAGUGGGGGCAGGGGUGUUGGGGGGAAUGAAUUCGGUGAUUGGGAUUGCCAUAUAUACAUAAUUAAUAAGAAAAAAAUCAA